AUGGAGUUCGAGGAUGCGCCCCGCUACGGCGGACCCCAGGCCGAUGAGGCUGAUGACAAAGCCGCCAAGCGCGAGGAGCUCGAGCGCAAGAAGGCCGAGGUCCGAAAGCGGCUCGAGGAGUCCGGCAAGGCCGGCAAGAAGCAGAAGAAGGGUUUCUUGACGCCGGAAAGGAAGAAGAAGCUCAGGAAAUUGCUCAUGAUGAAGGCGGCCGAGGAUUUGAAGCAGCAGCAGUUGAUGAAGGAGCAGGAGCGGCAAAAGGCCCUUGCUUCUCGCCAACUCGAGAAGAUCUACAACGACCUGUUCGAGCGGCUAAAGACGUUGGAGGAGGGCAAGUAUGAGAUUAACCAGUCGGUCAAGUGCAAAGACGCGGAAAUCAACGAGCUGACCAUUGCCGUUAAUGAUCUGCGCGGUAAAUUCGUGAAGCCCAUGCUCAAGAAGGUCUCCAAGUACGACAACAAGUUCAAAUCGAGCGGAAAGGGAGAGGCUGCUCCUGGCGGCAAGGCCGACUUCCGCGCUAACCUCAAGGUGGUCAAGAAGGAGACCGACUUGGACGAACUGGUCAAGAAGAAGGAGAAGGCCGGUUUCUUGAAGGAUCAGCCCGCGCAGGAGGAGAAGCCGAAGCCGGCGCCCAAGAAGGAGGAGGUCGUUGAGGAAGCCCCUGCUGAGGAACCCCCAGCGGAGGAAGAGCCCCCGGCUGAGCCCGAGGAGCCCGAGGAGGAGGAUGGCGAGGAGGAGGGUGACGAGGAGGAAGAGGAA